AUGGAGGGGGCGUACCAGGUGACUCCUCCAGGUGCUGUGUGCCGUCGCCCAAAGAAGUGGAGCAGACUUCCUCCUGAAGCCAAACGACUGGAGACUGGGUCAGGACUGUCGUCUAGACACAGACACGAGGCGGAGGAAAGAGGCUGCGGCUGGGUACCCUUAGGGGUGCUGGUCCGUUCGGCCUCCCUCUUGGUCUCCCCCUUGGGUCUAUCUCGACCUGGGGAUGGUCAGCCGAGCUCCUUUUCUCUGGGUCCCUCUGGGGUCCCUCUGGUCAGCUCCCUCGUGGGUCCCUCUGUGGUCCACUCGAGCUGCUGGUCAGCACCAGCUCCACCUCCCAGACUUGGGGCUCAGGACUAA